UAGAGAUCAUGCUAACGCUUCGUUUAUUAGCUGCUUGUCGAGUCCACUAAUCACUACACACCUUAUUCGUGUACCUGUUGCAAAUUAUUGGCCGUGUUCACGCACUUAAUUUAAUCUGACGGACUUUCCAUCGGCACUUUAUGACCACACGGCGCCUCCUCUGCUAAAAACAAAGGCGCUAGUCACGGCUGCUAGUUAGCAGCUGAAGUCAGCUAGCUGGUUAGCCUUUCAUGUGCGUGUACGGCAACAAUGAGUAGCCGACGGAGCCUGCGGCUGCUGGUGAAGCAACUGGGCCCGUUCAUGGUGCAUUGUUUUGCCGUUUCUCUCCUCUUUCAUCCCGCGGACGCCUGCGCUGCCGCGGCAGAGGAGGCGGGAGGAAGCAGCACCGACACCAUGAUACUGUGCAGGGCGUGCGGACACGAGGUGGCUGUCGGGACGGACAUCCACUUCGUCCCCAGCCGACUGGCGCUCUCCAGUCGCAACGACACGCUGGUCGGAGGCCGAAGGGUUAACGUCCAGCUUUUCGAAAACCCGCACGGGCACCGGUUCGAGGUCAUUACGUUUAGAAAAGCGGACGUUAGCCAGCACUGGCCGGCUGAUAAGCACUUCUCCUGGUUCCCGGGGUUCUCCUGGACCGUGGCCACGUGUCCUCGGUGUAAAACUCAUUUAGGUUGGGCCUUCCAGCCCAGCGAGUGGCCAGACACCAUCACAAAGACCAAAUUUGAAGAGUCUGCACACACCUUCCUGGCUUUAAUCACCCAUCGACUACUAAGAGAAGACUUUGCUUCAAGCUUGCUAAUGACUCCACAAUCCUUCAGGAGCUAAAUAGAUAUGAUGUAUAAUCCACCCAGGUGCCUUUAGCUGCUGCCUACAUUUAUUUUGACAAAUUUCUACUGCUCCCACUAGUUUGAAGAAUCCCACACAAGUAUACACAGUAAGUUUUAUUAUCGUAACAAAGCAAGUUGUACACCUCAAAUUUAAAACAGUUUUCCCCCCAGCAGAAAAGGAAAGGGUGAUUAAUGUAAGUUCUACGAGAUAACACGUUUUGUUUUACCCAUGAAGCAGUGGGGGCCAAAAUUUACAAGCUUGUUUUUUUUUUCCAUUUUGUCCUUUAUUAAAAAUGUCAUUUCAAAUCUCAUGGAUAUCUGUAAAACAAUACAAUGAAACAAAAAAAAAGUCCCAUAGAAAUGGUGUCAAAAUAACCACUCUUCCCAAUAACCAAACAUACUCCUGCCCCUCCCCAGCUUACCCCACCCACUAAACAUUACAAGUCAAAGGAAUGAGCUGGUACUUGUUAACCACAGGGGGGGAAAAUGUGUUUUUAGGGAUCAACGCACCAAAUGAAAAAUAUGGAGGAAAAAAAAAAAUUGAGGUCUGCUAGUGCUAGGUCACUACACCAUGGCUUUAGUCAAUUUACCACACAAACCUUUAACAGGAGGAAUUCUGUGUGAAUUGUCUUCAAAUUCUACUCAGGAUGCAGUGCUGGUUCUAUUUUUAUACUUUUAUUAUUAUUUUUUAAAUGACUUCAGGGAUGGUACUCACAAUUCAGGGCAAAGUGCCAUUGGCCUAAGAUGAGUCAAAGGAGAACAUAACAUGGCACCAUCAGGUGAAGAGGCUUCAGAAUGGAAAACGAAGCACACAUGGGUAAAAAACAAACAAAAAAAAAUUAAAAAAUAAAACCUUUGCUCCCGAACAUGAGUGGAAAAAACAAACAGGGAAAAGAAGGUUGAGGAUCUGGGUAGAUAUUAUUUUAGUCGUCUUCUCCUUCGUCAUCCUGAAAGAGCAACAGUAAGUUCAGCUAUGUUGUCUGAAACAAACUUCUAGCACCACAUGGCCACUGAAUUAUUACUUUACCUCUCCAUCUUCUCCAUCAUCCUCUUCAUCUUCUUCUCCAUCUUCAUCACCCUCUUCAUCAAUGUCCUCCAGACCCUCCUCAUCUUCUUCAUCAUCCUCACCUUCACCUUCUUCAUCAUCCAUGUCAGGAACCUGUAGAUGGUCAGUCAGUAAACUUGAGUCAGUUAUAUCAAAAUACAAUACACCUACCCCCCUCAUUCACAAAACAGCAACAUCUGAGAAGCACUAGAUGAGUGGCAACUAUAGAAAAGGCUACAGAGUCACCAAAUGCUGUAAACAUACCAGGUAGUACUGCAGAGGGUUUGGCCAGAUGUCAUCCUUGAUGACCUCUCCAAGCUCAUCAGCACCUGCAUCAGCAUGAUCAGUGAACCAGGUGAAGAAGCUUUCUGGCUCUUCAUGUUGCCUCUUCCUUCCCGCUUUGUUCUGUGUCUGGCUUGAACGCUUGGUCAGGUCCUACAAAUAUAAGGAAUUAAAUGUUAGAAUUUAAGUUAGAGGACGUUUCUGUGACCACUGCAUCUUAGGAAUGGAAACAGCUGUGGUAAACAAAAAAACAAAAAAACAAAAAACAAUACCUCACUUUAACAACCAAUCACUGUGAUACGCCUACCUUUCCUGACUUCCAUUUGAUUUCUGUUGACUUUGAAGACGGGUCACCACUCUCAUUCAGGUGGAACUCUUUGGAAAGUACUUUGUUUUCGAAGUAUGGAUUUUCAUCAAAAUA